UCAACUUUAUACUAAAAAAUAAAAUAAGUAUGAAUAUUAACGCUAUAUCAGCCAGUGAGCAUGAAGAAAAGACUUAUACAUAUCAAAAUUUCUGAGAUUUUGAUCACAAACAAGAGGAUUAUGGUCCAAAUCCGAAUAUUUUUAUUCAGGAAAAGUAUGAUAAUGAUAGAUCUGAUACUCAACUGCAAUAUCGUCAAUCCCACAAUAAAGAUAUUGAGAAUAAACAAACUUGUGAUGGAAGUUUACUCUCCUCUAACUAUAACGAAAACGAAAAGUUGAAUUUUCUUAAAUCAACACUCAUAAUUGAUCCAGACUCAAAGCGUUCUUCAGGAUAUCGAUCUCCUCGAUUUACCGCUGAGGAGACCUCUUCAAAGGAUUACAACUCUUCAACACAUGGAACACUGACCAAAUCCAAUGAUUUGCACAAAUCCAAAAUGAAAUAAAAAGAAUUCCAAGAGAAUUCUAAAGAAGAAUAAAAAUUAUUCAAAGUUUCUUCAAAGUGCUGAUACUACUAUGCUAUAUUCUCCAGAUAAACCUCCAAUCAACGAGGCGAUCCAGAGUCAACCUGUCAAGUUUAUCCAGAAGAAAGGAAGGACUCGGAAUAGGGAGCUGAACCUGACAGGGUCGCUUCCUCUUCCUAGCCAGCAGGAGAAUAUUUACCUGUACAAACUUUCUGAUAAUCAGAGAAGUUUUUACCAUACUCCCGACCAUAAGAGAUAUGGCAAGGAAAUCAAGAAGAUAAAGAAGCAGCUUAAGAAUUGUAAGAGCCAGAUUAAUUGGCUGAUCUACAACCGUGUCUCUCAAGAGACAUCUACUAAAGUCAUGGCUUUUCGAACUCCUGUUAAGAGUAAGAGUCGGAACAUCAUGUCACAUGCUCAGACUAGUUUUAAGAGGAAAGAAUUUAACGACAAAAUUUCACCUCCUAGCAGGAAAAUAAUAAACUCUCUUAAAGUAAAUAAUCGGAUUUCUGUUCAAAGAAAGCAACCGAACAAGAGUAUGCCAGGGUCAUCUUUGAGAAGACCUCGAAGCAAGAGGGAUUUGAGUCCUCAAUUCUCGACAUUUUUAAAGAAUAAACAUAGGAUUCCUUGCUCUUUGCAGCCAGUAUCCAUGAAAUAAGCCUAAAAAGCCAACCAAGCUGUCUAAAAUCUCUCCUCAAUUUCUACCAGAAAGAUGCCUAAAUAAUGAAGCUUCAGUGAAAAAGUCCAAUUUUUAUCAAGAAAAAGUGAGGUUUUCGAAAAAGACAAAAUCUACAAAAUUUUACCCAUAUGAAAAUUCAGCUCUGAGCAUGUCUAAUAAAACUGGCUAUAAAUAACUACAUGAAAACUCCAACAAAAGUAAAAUGCUCAUAUAAGAAAAGUGGUAAAGCUAGAUUUACAAAUACGAUCCAGGUCCCCCAAUCUAAGAUGAAUAGGUCAGAAGAUUCUGGCUCAAAGGAAGAAAAUAAGGAGUUCAUUCUUAAGCUAGAGCUUAAGAAUUCCACUCCUGAUUUCGCCUUUGCUGUUACCAGUGACAAUCAUUCUGGGUUAAAUUCCAGGACGAUAACUCCUCAAUCUAACACAUUUGGAAACUCAUAUAUUGACACAGACGAUUAUUUCACUUAUAUCUCUAAGCAUCCUGAAAACGUAGAAGAUUCAGACGAAGAAGAGAAUAUAAUUUCCAAAGAUGAUGGAACUCAGCCGAUUAAUUCCCUCCAUUUGAGGGUUAAGUCCCUCCCGAAGCAGAGAAGUUAAGACCACAUAAGUUAAUCCCUAAGGCCAGGUUAUGAUAUAGGUAUUAU